UUAACUUCCUGAUUUUACAUUACAAAACAUUUCAUACGGAUCCUAUUUUCAGAAGAAAAUAUAGAAUAAAAGUUAUAUAUUGGAAUAAAACAAAAUGGAGUUUACCAAUGAAAGUAACUAUUUUAAUCAUACAGGAGUGCCAGAAUGCUCUCUGUUUCCAACUGACAGAGUGAAGUGCCGAGCAUUGCUGUAUGCUAAAACAGUAACAGCUUCUUUAUCUAUUUUAGGUUCAGUUCUAACAUUGGGAUUAGUUGUACUGUUCAAAAAAUAUAAUGAACAUUCACAAAGAAUGAUUAUACAUCUGUCACUGGCAGCACUUGUUUUUGGAGUUGCUUAUGUGAUACAAGGAAUUCCGUCUGAAAAUAAUGCAAUUUGCAAGGUCCAAGCAUCGAUAUUGCAAUUCUCCGUUUGUGCAUGUUUACUUUGGAUUAUGAACAUUGCCUUCGGAAUCUACUUUCGUGUUGUUUACGAUAUCAACAUAAAACGUUAUGAAAAGAUAUUGACAUUCCUAUUAUGGACGUUGUCUUUGAUCAUAACGGCGCUACCCUUUUCGGAUAAUGCGUAUCAGCCCGCUGGAGUUUGGUGUUGGCUGCGGAAUGACGAUGCAUGGCGGUUUGGAUUGUGGUACUGUUGGAGAAUUUUAUCCAUUGUGUUAUUUGGCUAUACAAUGAUUCAUACAGAAAUUACAAUUCGCAGACGUCGGAGGGGAACUUUUUCUACUUCUAUCACAAGUUUGACAGCGAUGGAGUCAGAAAUAAAAACACUUCGAAUAUAUCCAAUCCUGUAUUUCAUUGUGAACAUUUUCCCUAUCAUAAAUCGCAUCCAAAACGCAGCAGUCCAGUUGCGCGAGCAAACAGGAUACAGCUUUACACUAUUGCUUCUUCAAACACUCUUCGACCCGUUGUUUGGUGUGACACUGUCUCUUGCGUAUGUUCUUGAUGGAACGACAAGGAGCAGACUGAACAAAGCUGAAAUUACAGAUGCUUUAAGACGAUGGCGAUCAAAACCGGCGCAUGUAAGUGUGUACCGCGUGCCUGUACCGUCCCCGGACAUGAACAUAUCUGUAAUAAACACACACUCUUAACACUGUAAAUUUGUACCAUAAACAAAUUACAGACACAUAUUUCAAGCCAUGUAUCGCAAAAUGAACGACCAUAGCCAAAGAUCAGAGAUAACGUCAUAUUGCUGCACUUGCAUGCCUUUUCGAGCGGUUCCUUUCUAGUUGAUACAUUGCGUAUGUUGAGGAACAUGAUCAACCAGGCACCAUGAAGCAAUCGAAGCCAACGAAUAUUAGGGUGUUUCACGUUUCCUAGACCUGAAUGUAACAGUUAACGAUAUCACUCAGAGAAACUGAUCAGAUGCGUAACUGUGUGUGUUAAGGUUGUCUUGCAACAUUUUUUUGAAAUUUAUUAUUAAAGCGAUAGCUUCUCUAUAAUGGUAUUCACAGAAAAUAAAAUACCAUGACUGGUCGUUUCUCUUGAUGAUGUUUUUCAUUAUUUUGGUGUACAUUUAAUGUGAUUUAUUUUUCUUUGUGUAUUAUUUUUUUUUACAAAGUAAAGUUCACGAAUCAUUUUAGCUUAAGGCAUAUUAAGAAAAAUGUGGUUGUCAUUACUUGUGAUUCAAGGCGUUAGUUAAAAGUAUGUCAACAUUAUACAUGAUAAAGUUUAACAGUCAUUUACUACGUUGUAUCAAAUUAUGGACAUCAUACAUCAUUCACGCAUUUAGUGCUCAUAUUUGUACUGUAAAACAUGUAUUAUAUUAAAACGAAAAUGUCCUCAAUGUGAUAUUAUAAUUAGGAGUAUUUGGUCUUAACAUAUUUAUAAAUAAUAUUUUAUUAUUAAUUUGUAGACAUCAUUUAUAUACAUGUGAACAACGAUUAAUUGCUUGAGGCUUGUGUUCGUUUGAAAGUAUAUCAUUUGCAUUCAGGAAUAAACAUCAAAUAACC